AUGAGCUCUACUACCCACGAGACCAUCUCUUUGAGCGAGAUACCAUCUCGUCACUCUUCUGAUGACGUGACUCCAUCGGAGAUCGAGCAGCCGUCGCUGUCCCCCGCAGAUGGAGGCAAAGCUGCAUGGCUAUUGCUCGCUUCAUGCUGUCUCAUCCAGCUACCAGUCUGGGGAUUCUCGACCGUGUUUGGUAUUUUCCAAGAGUACUACAGCACGCACGAUGUCUUGCAGGGCGAUAAAGGCGAUCUGGCUACCGUGGGGACUACAUCGACUGUCUGGUGCAUUCCGACGGGUUUAGCUAUCACCGUGAUCGGGUCCCUUUUAUCGUCCUUCUCGCAGCAAGUCUGGCACCUUAUUGCAACGCAGGGCGUUAUGUGCGCCAUUGGCAAUGCACUCAUGUUCAGUCCAUCGUCUCUGUAUAUGGACCAAUGGUUUAUACAGAAGAAGGGACUUGCACUCGGCAUUAUGUGGGCAGCCAAAAGCAUAACUGGUGUUGCAUUACCCUUCGUGGCGAAUGCUUGUUUGAACAGAUUCGGUUCUAGUACAACUUUUAGAGCUUGGACUGUCACUACGCUACUUACUACCCUACUAUCCUUGCCGUUCAUGAAACCUCGAAUCCCAGUCUCCCCGUACGCAUCAGCCCGGCGUCUGGACCUGAGCUUCCUCAGGUUGGCCACAUUCUGGAUGCUCCAGGCAGGUAAUAUCAUCCAGAGCUUUGGAUACUUCUUGCCGUCUACAUAUCUACCAUCCUAUUCGACCGCCACAGUCGGUCUACCCGAAACAACAGGCACAAUGCUAGUCUCGCUCUUCAACGCGACUUCCGUUGUCGGUGGCAUCUGCGUGGGGAUGCUGUGUGAUCGCUUCGCAGUAUCGAAUAUUCUGCUUUUCUCCUCGGUAGGCUCCGCACUAUCCGUGUUCCUUCUUUGGGGCAUGGCAUCAUCUCCAGAAUCUGAAUCACCUCAGACGGCGAUUGCCUUGCUCACUCUCUUCUCCAUCUUCUAUGGCUUCUUUGCGGGUGGUUUCAGUUCCACCUGGUCCGGCAUCAUUAAGCAGAUUAAGCGUGACUCUUCAGCCUCUUUGGAGACGGGGCUGGUCUUUGGUCUGCUUGCCGGAGGGCGAGGAAUCGGCAAUGUUAUCAGUGGUCCGCUGAGCACAGCGCUGAUCAAGCAGGGUUCACUGAGUGGCUCACAGGGAAAUAGUGAAACUGGGUUUAGCACUCAGUAUGGGACAUUGAUUCUAUUUACUGGUAUCACGGCAGUCUUCGGGGCAUGGAGCUGGAUGUGGCGGUAUAUCAGUUCUGGGGUACACUGCGUCAGUCGUUGA